AUGGCCCUAUCCCCGAGCGAACUAUGCACCUCUCAACUCAACUGCGGUUCGCCUUCUCCGGCCGACAUCAACGAAGAUGACUAUUCCUCAGCACAAGCAUCCGGUAGGGAGGGCAGCGAUGAUGCUCUCCCUCGGAGACGCCGGCGCCAUUCGUCGUAUUUUCCCCAGAGGCGCAAGUCCAUCGUCAACCACAUCAUGGACGGCGAGGAGCACAUUCUCCUCAAGGUUGAUUUAUUUUUGACGGAACUCGAAAGGCGCUUAGAUUUCCUCGAGAGCUACGGCGAGAUCAGCCUCGAUGCGAGUAUCGCAAGGGCCUACAACACGCUGCAGGCUGUGCGGACAGGCUGCUCUCACGUCUCGGAGGAAGUCAUCGGCGCCGGUCGCCGCAGGGUACAUAUCAUGGUCGAGACGUUGGAGGCUAGAUAUCAGGAUGCUCUUGCGGCGGCCGACUCGCUGCAUGAAAAAGCCUGUGUUGGCAUAGACCUACUGGAUACGAUGCUUUCGGAUUUUGAGGAACACGCUUCCAAGUUCCGGGAGCGCAGUCUGGCCAAUGCUGCUGAUGCCGCUGGUGCUUUCAUGGGCGAGGGUCGAAGAGUUGUUGAUGAGGGUAUCGGGCGUGCGAGGGAGGUUGUGGAUGAGGGAUUUGCGGCGGCCAAGUGGGCAGCCGAGUCGUUGGAGGACCACAUCCAAAGGGCGGUUGCCAGGGCCAGCAAACAUGGUCUGAUCCGAUACGAGGAUCUUCCCAUGCCGUGGCGGACCAACCCGCACAUCCUGAAGGGGUAUCGCUUCAGUGAGACAAAGCUGGCUUGUAUCAAGUCGGGCAUGUUUGGCAUCUCCAACGAACUUGUCAACAUUUGGUCACAUGCCCUGGGGCUUGUCCUCGUCCUGGCCGUGGCCUUCUAUUUUUACCCGACGUCACCCAACUUUUCACUCAGCACCAAGACGGACGUGUUCAUCGCAGCUGUCUUCUUCUUUGCGGCAUGCCAGUGUCUCGUGUGCAGCACGAUUUGGCACACAAUGAAUUCGAUCGCAGACGCACACCUUAUUAGCUCGUUGGCCUGCGUUGACUACACUGGUAUCUCGAUGCUGAUCGCUGCGAGCAUCAUGACAACCGAGUAUACGGCCUUUUACUGCGAUCCGAUGAGCCGUUGGAUUUACAUGAGCUUGACGGCCAUUCUUGGCGUCGGUGGCGUCAUCCUGCCAUGGCACCCGCGCUUCAACGGUGCAGACAUGGCCUGGGCCCGGGUGGCCUUCUACGUCUCCCUCGGAGCCACGGGCUUCUUGCCCAUACUUCAGCUGAGCCUCACCCGCGGUGCCGAGUACGUCUAUGAGUUCUACACGCCAAUCGCCGAGAGUAUCGCUGUUUAUGUCUUUGGUGCGCUCAUCUACGCCAGCAAGAUCCCCGAGAGGUGGUACCCAGGAUGCUUCGACUACUUUGGCGGCAGCCACAACCUCUGGCACUUGGCUGUGCUGGGCGGUAUCGUCUUCCACUACAUUGCUAUGCAGGAGUUCUUCUCCACGGCCUUUAAGCAUGCACAGGAUGGUUGCGGGGCGUACUGA